AUGGGGACAAUCGGGGCUGACAGCAAGAGAGGAGAGCUGAGGGCUAAACCAUCUGUGGAGGUCUUUUUACCAGUUCAGUUACAUCCUGACAGUCUCCCGGUGCUGGUCUGCCAGGUGUGGGGCUUUUACCCCCAAAAUAUCAGUGUUGCCUGGUUUAAAAAUGACAAGUUGGUCAAGAACUACACAGAGGCUGUGAGGACCGGAGACUGGACCUACCGCAUUUUGGCGACCCUGGAUUUGAGGAAUUCCCUCCCUGAAAACAACUACACCUGCUUGGUCAAUCACCCGAGCCUGGACACACCAAUAGUGAAGACCUGGAAGCACGGCUUGACCAACAUACAGAUCAUUAAGAUCAGUGUCGCGUCGGUGGUCUUCGCGUUGGGACUCGUCUGCCUCAUUACAGGAAUAGCUUUUUGGAAGAAUGCCAAGAGAAGCGGUUACUCUCCCAUUCCAGGAUAUAAUGCUGUCAAGUUUUCGGCAGAGAUGUUUCUCUUCUCACUGAGGAAGAACUUUGCACAGACCACACCUAGUUUGGGGUGUGACAACAGCUUCUUUUUGCAUCUCCGGAGGUGUGAGAGUUGUCAAAAGAAUUCUGCAAAAACCCAUUCUAUCGUACACCCCCUCAGUGGAGAUAACUUGUAUUCAGUUUCGGAGGUCAAGGCUCCAACCAUCUGCGAUGUGAAGAACACUCUUAGGUUAUCUUAG